AUGAGAAAACCACCAGCAGAGACACCACCCAUAUACCACUACCGAGCCUUCGCCUAUCCCAUAAUCCGUUACUUCAACCACCCCAACCAAAUUUACAACCCAUCCAACCAACUAAACAACCAACAACAAUAUCCGUACCCACAACAACCAUUUUAUCCUUACUAUGGUUACAACUACCCGCCUUGGUAUCCGGUUCCAAGACCGGUAUUGCAACCGGUUCAGCCUAAACCACAACCGGAAAAACCGACAACCACAACCGUGGUUGUGACCCAGGCUGAGCAGAAGAAACCAGAACCGGUUGUGGAAAUCCAGGCGGCGCAGUCGAAAAUUGAUACUAAGGAGGAUGAGAAAAAGGAUAUUGUGAGCAACCAAAACUCCAUAAACCAGCAACCACCAACAACCGCUCGACCACCACAGCAACAGCAACAGCAACAACCAUCAUCAAACCAGGUUCAACCACUAGGCAACUUAGUUUUGAUUCAGCAACCCCAGCAGCAGCAGCUGGUUGAUUCUGGUUAUCAAUUGGUUGACUUGGUUGAUCAGCAACAACAGCAACAACCUGGUGUUAUGGUUCCUAGACCAGUUGACUUGUCUACACAAUUGGAUUUCUUGGCUAGCCAAGACUUGAUGCCAAGCCAGUCAGUAGUUCAACACUACAUAUCAUCAGCAGACCCUGCCAUUGGAGUCCCAAAGACUCUAACAGUCCAAGACAAUGGAAAAAAUUUGGAAACUUUUGAUUUUAGACAACUCAACAACGACAACAGGAAUUCCAACAACAAUAAUAAUGUACAAAUGGUUUUACUAAUAUUUUUGUGGACUUAUGAGAGUAAUGCAUUUUUUUACAAUUGGGGAAAAGAGGAGACGACAAAACCACCAGCAGAGACACCACCCAUAUACCACUACCGAGCCUUCGCCUAUCCCAUAAUCCGUUACUUCAACCACCCCAACCAAAUUUACAACCCAUCCAACCAACUAAACAACCAACAACAAUAUCCGUACCCACAACAACCAUUUUAUCCUUACUAUGGUUACAACUACCCGCCUUGGUAUCCGGUUCCAAGACCGGUAUUGCAACCGGUUCAGUCCAAACCACAACCGGAAAAACCGACAACCACAACCGUGGUUGUGACCCAGGCUGAGCAGAAGAAACCGGAACCGGUUGUGGAAAUUCAGGCGGCGCAGUCGAAAAUUGAUACUAAGGAGGAUGAGAAAAAGGAUAUUGUGAGCAACCAAAACUCCAUAAACCAGCAACCACCAACAACCGCUCGACCACCACAGCAACAGCAACAGCAACAACCAGCAUCAAACCAGGUUCAACCAAAUCAACCGCUAGGCAAUUUAAUUUUGAUUCAGCAACCCCAGCAGCAGCAGCUAGUCGAUUCUGGUUAUCAAUUGGUUGACUUGGUUGAUCAGCAACAACAGCAACAACCUGGUGUUAUGGUUCCUAGACCAGUUGACUUGUCUACGCAAUUGGACUUUUUGGCUAGCCAAGACUUGAUGCCAAGCCAGUCAGUGGUCCAGCACUACAUAUCUUCAGCAGACCCUGCCAUUGGAGUCCCAAAGACUCUAGCAGUCCAGGAUAAUGGAAAAAAUUUGGAAAACUUUGAUUUUAGACAACUCAACAACGACAACAGGAAUUCCAACAAUAAUAAUAAUGUACAAAUGGUGCCUUGUAUGUGCCCCAUAAGUGUUCAAGAAGCCUCAAAGUUGGCUGAAGUUGAUAUGAAUGUCGAAUAG